CUUUAAGACCAAGUUUAGCGCUUCUCGGCUGCUAUGUAACCCGAGCCGCGGGUAGCGACAGCUGGAGGAGCGGGAUAAGAGAGACGACGAGCCAUUCGGAAAUAACCUCUCGCUUUCUCUUUCUUUCAAUUUGUACUUCACUCAAAUCUGGAACUGUGCGUAAAGAGCAAUGAACUUUGCGAUGGCAACGCAAUCCUUUUGGACGUGUUUGAUUGCAACUGUAGGCCUACUCUGGGGUGUGACAGUACCAGGUAAGUGCGUAUAUUGAUUGUUUUUUUCAUGGUCAGGAUCACGGCUCUUGGCAAUGGCACCUCUCGGUGUGUAGACUAUUAAUCUCUGUCUCCAUGCCAAAUGUGUGUGCGCCUGUUGUUUUGGUGUUUCUUUGAAUCAUUACGACACAAUGGGGUUGUUAUUAUUGUUCCUGGGAAGCAGAUGUCAUGUUCUUGUUUGUAUAGGCGCUGUGAAAACUUUCACGAACAUUGUUACAACUUUUGAUGUUAGGGUUGACAUGCCUAAAUGCCAAACAUGUAAAUUGAAAAGGGUUCAUUGGGUGAUUUUAGCAAAGCAAUCGGUCACUGACUAUUUAAGGUCAUUUUGCAUUUUAAGUGUUAUGGGUCCUUUGAAAUGUUAUGUGUUGUAUUCCCUAUGGGUUUUACUCCACCCAUCUCUCAUCAUAUAAUGCCAUUGCACUCUGCUGUGUGCUCUCGCUCUCUCUCUCGCCCUCGCCCCCUGCCUGGUGCAGUGAGUUGUAAUGAGGAGUCUAAGCUGAUCGGGGACCUGUUCAGAGGCUACAACAAGAACAUCCGUCCAGCAGCGCACCCCACUGACAAGGUGGCGGUGCAGGUCAAGCUGAUUCUCACCAACCUCAUCUCCCUGGUGAGAGACAGUUCACACCUGAUGCAGCAUAACACCAUACAACACAUAUUACACACACACAUUACACACAUUACGCAUUUCAGGAAGCAUUUCAUUGUCCUGUUUACCUUGUGUAUCCUGUGCAUCAGAGGAGGCUGGUUGGAGGAGCUAUAGGAGGGGCUCAUUAUAAAGUCUGGAAUGGAAUAAAUGGAACACAUCAAACAUAUGGAAAACACAUGUUCGACUCUAUUCCAUUUACUCCAUUCCAGCCAUUACGAUGAGCCCGUCCUCCUAUAGCUCCUUCCACCAGCCUCCUCUGCUGUGCAUAUGCAAAUAAACUUGACUUGACUUACUGCUGCAACAUAACAAUUCCAUAUAACAACACACAAUACAUACCAAACAUAUUACACACACACAUUACACACCUGCUGCAACCCAACAACAUUUCAUACGCAUUACCAUCUAAACAGUCCUAUGCUUCAACCAUGCCGGGUGCACUACAGUACUAUCACAUAUCAAACUGCCCAGCAUAAUCCCAUAGAGCUGCCACAGUUACCAACUACCCUUUCACAAUGUCACUGCACCUCCACAUUUAUUCCUGUAAGGUUAUGUAGGCUACCCAAAUAAAAUAGACAAAUGUUUGCAUCAGACCAUCAUGUAUAUAUCCUCUGUUACAGAACGAAAAGGAAGAGACUCUCACGACUAAUGUCUGGAUUGAGAUUGUGAGUGUUUCUCUCAUUGUGGACCUAUUUUUUUAUAUACUGUAUCUUCUCAAUUAAUUUCUCAUGUGGUUCCUGCGUACUUCUUUGACUAGAUUAUUUCAGUUUUUUUAUUUUCUCCUACUUUGACCUGAUUUCUUUCUAUCUGUCUGUCUUUUAUUUCCAUCUGAUCCUCCCACUCUCUCUCCUCUGCCGACACCCUCCGCUCCCUCCCGCAGCAAUGGAACGAUAUUCGCCUGGCCUGGAACACCUCUGAGUAUUUUGGCAUCGAGGUUAUCCGUGUGCCUUAUAACACAGUGUGGCUCCCUGACAUUGUCCUUGAGAACAAGUGAGCCAGUAGAGGAGGGCUUUCAUCUUCUUUUCCUUUGACUUUGUUCCUCAUUCUGAUUUCCCCCCAUCUGUGGCUCUGUUUUGUUUUGACCAAUAAACUCUUGAACGCGUUUCAUCGCACUCUCUACCCUUUCCUUCCACCUCCUCUCUUCCCCCUCCUCUGUCCCCCCUCCUCUCUUCCCCCUCCUCUGCAGCAUUGAUGGCAAGUUUGAUGUGGCCUACUAUGCCAAUGUGUUAAUCUACUCCAGUGGCUAUAUGUACUGGCUGCCUCCAGCUAUCUACCGCAGUACAUGUGCCAUAGAGAUCACCUACUUCCCCUUUGACUACCAGAACUGCACUUUAGUCUUUAGGUCCCAGACAUACAGUGCAAAUGAGUUGGAAAUCAUACUGGCUGUUGACGCGGAGACUGAACAGCCCAUUGAGUGGGUGGACAUUGAUCCUGAGGCCUUCACUGGUAUACACACACUAAUGUUGCAAUGUUUUGUUUAUAUGGAUUUGAAUAAAUUAUAUUUCAAAACCCCUUUGAUAGUUUUAUACUAGUACUCAGGUCCUGCAUGUGUGACACAAAUGCUGUAUAUGAAACUUUGUAGUUCCUCAAAAUCAAUCUGUAGGCCUACACCUAUCUGCAAACAACUGACACAACCUGUCAACAGGUCCAAUCCUAAUGAAAUGGCUUCUACUCAUCCCAGUGUCUUUGUUUCCACCCUGUUAGAGAACGGUGAGUGGGCCAUAAAGCACCGGCCAGCCAGGAAGCUGAUCAACUCACGCUACACUCCUGAUGACCUGGAGUACCAGGAAAUCUCCUUCAACCUGGUUAUCCAGAGGAAACCUCUGUUCUACAUCAUCAACAUCAUUCUGCCCUGCUCACUUAUCUCCUCCCUGGUCGUCCUGGCCUACUUCCUACCUGCACAGGGUCAGUGGCAACGCUGCUGCUGAUUGGUCAGUGGUGUAAGGGUGUAACUUAGGGUUAAUGAAACAGGAAGAUGAUGCAGUAUGCCAUCAACAACUGAAGUUAGCAGUUGUCUGCUAUUGUUACUUGUGUUGCUUUGUAUAUUGACUAUUAUUUCAAAUAAUUUCUAUUUAAGAAAUGCUCUAACAUAGAUUUAAUGGUUUUGAGUUUCAAAUUAGAGAAUGCACUGUAUGUUGUUGGACUUUAGUUGGACUCAGUUUGCCUGUGCAAGACAAUGUCAAUAGGUUACUGCAUCCCAACUAAAGCACUUGGAAGCAUUUGGAAGCACUUGAGCACUCUCAUGUUAUGUCUGGAAUUGCUAGAGUACAAUAUAUUAUGUCUGUUGUCAUCUAUGAGGAUGAUGAUGGGAAAAGCACUGCACUCCCCUCUGUACCCCUCUGACUCUCCAUUGUCCCCUUCACAGCUGGGGGACAGAAGUUAACUGUGUCCAUCUCUGUCCUGCUGGCUCAGACUGUCUUCCUCUUUCUUAUUGCUCAGAAGGUCCCUGAGACAUCUCUCAAUGUCCCUCUCAUUGGCAAGUGAGUAAGAAUUUUCUCCAGUCUCUUUCUUACUGCCUUCCUCCAUAUACAGUAUAUCUGUAACUCCAUAAGAGCCCAACCCCCUCUCCAUCCACAUCUGUCUGUUCUUCUCUUCCCAGGUACCUGAUCUUUGUCAUGUCUGUGACAACGCUUAUCGCCACCAACCAAAUCGUGGUGCUCAACAUCUCCCUCCGCAGUCCCAAUACUCACACCAUGUCCCCCACUAUCAAACACGUAUGUAUACAGUAACUGUAUAAUAACACGGGAGAAAUGCAAAAUCAAAACUGAAAUCAAGGCCCCUGUAACACUAGCCCAAACAAACAUAGAAUGGACAAAGUAAAUGUCAUCUGUAUUAAGAAACAAUACAAUACGAUAUGAUAAAAUGCUACUUUAUCAGAACGAAUAUUCAACUUUUUUCUUGCCAAACUAAUACCUAUUCCACCUUUCCUCUCCUCUGUUCAGGUCUUCCUGGAGCUUGUCCCUCGAUUCCUGGGCAUGGACCCUCUGGUGGAUGAUGGAGAGGCAGAGGCGGAGGUGAAUGGAGUGAGGGAGCGACGGCGUAGCUCGUUCGGCCUGAUGCAGAGAGCGGAGGAGUAUGUGCUAAAACAACCACGCAGCGAGAUGAUGUUUGACAAACAGAGAGAGAGGCAUGGCCUCACACGAUCAUUUGGUAAGAUUAAGGAAAGAGAUACCGCUAGGGAGCAAAGGGUAGCGCAUGGGGCAAUUCACAGUUUAUCAACAUUUGACAGUCUCCUUUCUGAUUAACAACCUUUCAGAUGUAGUAGUAAAUAGUAGUUACACUCCCAUCUGUAUUUAUUUGGACAAUGAAGCUAAAACUUUUAAUUUGGCUCUAUACUCCAGCAUUUUGGAUUUGAGAUCAAAUGUUUUAUUUGAGGCGACAGUACAGAAUGUCACCUUUUAUUUUAGGGUAUUUUUGUACAUACUGUAUCUGUUUUACCAUUUAGAAAUGAAAGCACUUUAUGUAUCUAGUCACCCCAUUUGAAGGUGUCAUAAGUAUUUGGACAAAUUCACUUAUAGUGUAUUAAGUUUAGUAUUUGGUCCCAUAUUCCUAGCACGCAAUGACUACAUCAAGCAUGUGACUCUACAAACUUGUUGGAUGCAUUUACAGUUUAUUUUGUUUGGGAUUAUGUUGAAUCGUGAAUAAUGAUGAGUGAGAAAGUUACAGAGGCAUAAAUAUCAUACCCCCACCAAAAAUGCUAACCUCCUCUGUUAUUGGUAAUGGUGAGAGGUUAGCAUGUUUUGGGGGUAUGAUCUUUGUGCCUCUGAACAUUUUUCACAUUUAUCAUUAUUCACAAAUUAUUCAUGGUUAUCUGUAAUCAUGGUAGCAUCCACAUAAUUCUAAAAGUGUUUAGAAACAUAUUAUAUUCUUAUUUACAAUAAAAGUGACUCCAAAAUGACAUAAUACAUUAUUUACCAUGCAUUUCAAUUGGGCACAAGAUAAUCCGAAACACAAGCUGAACAAACUGCAAAUGCCUCCAACAAGUUUGUAGAGUCACAAGCUUGAUGUAGUCAUUGUAUGCUAGGAAUAUGAGACCAAAUACUAAAGUUUUUUACUACUUUAAUACAAAUGAAUUUGUCCAAAUAUGACACAUUCAAAUGGGGGGGGGGCUAGAUACAUAAAGUGCUUUCAUUUCUAAACGGUUAAACAGAUAUGUAUGAAAAUACCCUCAAAUAAAAGGUGACAUUCUGUACUGCUGGAGUAUAGAACUAAAUUAAAAGUUUGAGCCUCGAUAUCCAAAUAAAUACAGAGGGGAAUGUAUGUGCAUUAUCCAGCAAGCCACUUUUCUGAAUAGAUGUCUGGCUUAAUUUGAAUUGGUUUUAAAAAGCAUUUAGGUUGUAUUUGAUAUUGUAAAUAAGUAUCAAAAUCAAUGGGAAAAGGAGAUUGGAUCAAGAUUAGCACUGUGGUCCAUCAUCAGUGUACCUUUAGGUAACUGUAUGUGUCUCUGCUACCAUCUAGUUGAUGGUAUUGAUGUGUCUCUGUUACCCUCUAGUCAUGGUAUUGAUGUAUCUCUGCUACCCUCUAGUGGAUGGUAUUGAUGUAUCUCUGCUACCCUCUAGUGGAUGGUAUUGAUGUGUCUGCUUCCCUAGUGGAUGGUAUUGAUGUGUCUCUGCUUCCCUAGUGGAUGGUAUUGAUGUGUCUGCUUCCCUAGUGGAUGGUAUUGAUGUGUCUCUGCUUCCCUAGUGGAUGGUAUUGAUGUGUCUCUGCUACCCUCUAGUGGAUGGUAUUGAUGUGUCUCUGCUUCCCUAGUGGGUGGUAUUGAUGUGUCUCUGCUGCCCUCUAGUGGAUGGUAUUGAUGUGUCUCUGCUUCCCUAGUGGAUGGUAUUGAUGUCUCUUCUUCCCUAGUGGAUGGUAUUGAUGUGUCUCUGCUACCCUCUAGUGGAUGGUAUUGAUGUGUCUCUGCUACCCUCUAGUGGAUGGUAUUGAUGUGUCUCUGCUACCGUCUAGUGGAUGGUAUUGAUGUGUCUCUGCUACCCUCUAGUGGAUGGUAUUGAUAUGUCUCUGCUACCCUCUAGUGGAUGGUAUUGAUGUGUCUCUGCUACCCUCUAGUGGAUGGUAUUGAUGUGAGCACCACAGCCAGCCUGUACAAGAGCCUCGCCCAAGCUGCUCCUGAGAUCAAGGAAUGUGUGGACGCUUGUAACUUUAUCACUGAGAGCACAAAGCAAGCAAAUGACAUUGGAUCAGUAAGUAUUGAUUUUACUCUGGGGAUGUAGGUGUAUACCUGUCCAUCAGGGUUUGGGUCAAUUUAAUCUAAAUUCAACCAGUUCAAGGCCGUAUUCACAAAGAGUGCUGAUCCGGAUUUAUUCGUGAUAAAAUAAAGGAUUAAAAGGCCUUCUCUGAGACACUUUGUGAAUACUGGCCUAUGAUGAGCUGAGAGUUGAGAAAUCUUGAUAGAACAUUGUGGGUUAUUAUCUCCCCACUUCUACCCCCUUCUGACUCACCGUUAACUGUCCCAUAGGAAAUGGAGAGCUGGGUAUUGAUCGGGAAGAUGAUUGACAAGGUUUGUUUCUGGGUGGCUAUGGCCCUCUUCUCCAUCGGAACGGUCGCCAUCUUCCUCACGGGACAUUUCAACUCCGUCCCAGAUUUUCCAUUCCCUGGGGAAAACAAACGAUACCUCCCCAGUUAGGGGGGCAAGGCAAGGCCCUCCCCCUCUCUUAACCUGGUCACAGGUUACAGGACACAUCAUCAUCGUCUUCAUAUCAUUGAGAGCUAAGAUGUCUUGCUCAUUUAUUCACUUACUUCUUACUCUUACUUAUCUUAUUUAUUAGUCUUUUUAGCAGUAGAUGACUGAAAAUGGUAUCGUCUUGAUAUCACGUCAUCCUUUUUGAUAAAUAUUUCAUCCUGUGUUUUGUGUUAAAGCUUAACCAUUUCUUGUUAUGUGUGAUAUACAUGUGUGAAUUUGAUUUUUCAUAAUACCAAAAGCCUCGAACAGUUUGUGGCGAAGCAGUUGUGAAAUUAAUUCAACAAGUCUGCUGUGGGCUUUUGUGGGCUUUGUUAUGUUAGAACAAAAUGAAGAAGCUAGAUCUCUGUUUUAGCCUUCAACCUUAUUCAUACCUUAGUCUUUACACACUACCUUAGGAGGACGCUGCAGAUCACCUAUACCCUGCAGAAUUCUUGUCUUUCUUGUAUCUCACUGUAUGGUGAUGUACACUGAGUAUACAAAACAUUAAGAACACGUGCUCCUUCCAUGACAUAGACUGACCAGGUGAAUCCAGG